GCGAAACCACAGUUGGGAUUUAACACAUGGAUGAUGGGAUUCGUUUGUGAAACUCAUCCCCUAGCCUCGUGGAUUUGUGAGCAGACUCAUUUGCUCGAUGCACGCGGAUAUACAAAAGUCAGGAAAGUGGAUGGGGCAGUUUGCAGCUGUGUGCUGAGAAAGCAGUCCAGGACCCUUUGGCCAAAGGACGAAUGCAAGACAUCGAGCCUUGUGUCUACCUACCUACAGGUUCCAUAGAGGGCUAUCUGACACGUCAGGCCAGGGUAACUCAAAUGGAGCCAAUGCAAGUUCUUCCUCCCUCUUCUCCCUCUCCUCCUCCUCUUCCUCCUCCACCACCUCCUCCUCCUCUCCCACCUUCCCUACUGUCAUCUCCCCUGUCCAAGUCUCCGCUCGAUUCCCCGAGGUGUCCCAAACUGCGCAAGCUGAACUGGGACCAGAUUCCCAGGGAGCGGGUGAUGGGACGUAGGAGCGUGUGGACGGGCUCGGACGAGUUCCGCAUCGACGUGGCCUCGCUGGACGAGCUGUUUGGACAGAAGGCGAGCCAGACCCCGGCCAAGGGGUGCAAAACUUUCAUGAUCGGCAGCCCGCAGGCCUUGACAACUUGCACAAGCACACCAGAAAAGGUGUCCAUCCUUCAGGGGAAGAGGAGCUUGAAUGUUGGAAUAUUUCUGCGGCAUUUCAGAAGCUCUGUGGAGGAGAUCAUAGAGGACGUGAGACGGGGACACGGCCAGCGCUAUGGCAGCGAGAAACUCAAAGAGCUCUACAAACUACUGCCCGAUAGAGAGGAGGAGAAGCGAUUGAGGACAUUUCAAGGACAUCACAGUCAACUGGAGCAGCCUGACCUUUUCUUAUUUCUUCUGAUUGGCAUUCCCAGCUUCAGACUGCGUCUGGAGGCUAUGAUUCUGAAGGCAGACUUUGACCCCAUUCUGAGCUCCAUCACCAACUCUGCAAGCUGUUUGGCCAGCGCAGCAAGAGAGUUGAUGAACUGCGCCGAGUUGCACUCUAUUCUACGACUAGUUCUUAAAGCUGGAAAUUACAUCAAUGCAGGGGGAUACGCGGGCAACGCUGCCGGGUUCCACAUCGUCUCACUCCUCAAGCUGGCCGAGACCAAGACCAACAAACCUGGGAUGACCCUGCUGCACUUUGUAGCCAUGGAAGCGGUAAAGAAAGAUCCGUGUUUGCUGUCAUUUCAACACAAGAUCAGCCAUGUUGAACCAGCCGCGAGGUUGUCUGAAGAUGUGGUGAAGGACCUCUCCCAGCUGCAGAAACGCAUCACCGCUCUGCAAUCCUCCUCUCACGCGGAGCCGGAACUACAGAAGCAGAAUAAACUUUUCCUCCAGCGUGCUGUGGGAAAGCUGAAAGAGGCAGAGGAGGAAGUCAAGGCCAUGCUUAGUGCCCGACAAUCUCUGUUGGACUUCUUUUGUGAGGAUGAAACGACUUUUAAACUGGAGGAGGCCUGCAGCAUUUUCCAUUCCUUUCAGAUGUGCUUUCACAGAGCUGUGCAGGAGAACAAGAUGCGUGAGCAGCAGGAGGAGAGGCAGGUGGAGCGGGCGGAGGCGGAGCGGGCGCGGGCCAAAGCUCGGGCGGCCAAGCGGCGCUCCAUCGCCUCCUGCACCGCCCUGGAGGCCGAGUGGAGUGCGGAUGCCAACGAGCUGGCCGCCUCCCUGGAGUCCACGCUCAUGAAGGGCCUCUGCCACACCUUCCACCGCCGCACGCGAGCCACCGCCAGCUCCCGGCCACGGCCCACUCUACGCAGCCUCAUCGAGCAGGAAGCGGAGGAUGGAGAGGCAGAGCCACAGCAUCAGCAUCAGCUUGGGGGACAGAGGGGCAGGCUGGUAAGGUCUUCAAGAAAGCUCCAGGCCACAGCUUCCCUGUUUCCCACAGAUGCCCAGCAGUCACCCUCAAACGGCGAGACUUCCGCCCAAAGCAGCUCAUCUUCCCCAAUGGACCUGUCGUUCACAGCCAUCCCCCGGCCGAGGCUCCUGGCCCAGCCGGCCCAGAGCAUGGAGCACGUGAGGCCCAGGGUUGGCGAGACGCACACCCUGGUGAAAGGCCUGUGCUCCUACAAGAGCCUGACCCUCCCACCACCCAGAACACCACCCCUCAGCAGGUACUCACACUCGCACUCACAUUCUCAGGAGAAAGAGAAGGAGGAGGUGGUGGAGGAGGAGAUGGAAACGGAGGAGGCGCAGGUGACACAACCAACCCAGUCAACCGCUUCGGCCUCUCCAGCAAUCAGCAGGACCCAGAGGGCAAGCCUUCCCAGGAGAUGGAGAGUGGCCCAGGGCAGUAACAAGACUGCCAGCUUGACAAGCACUCCGGCAAGCCGCCUUGGUAGUACCCGCCAGAAGACGGAGCCAGAAGAGAGGGGCAGGAAGGCCAACCCACUGCGGCGUCUGCUGGAGAAGGCCAAGCCAGACAAAGACAGAACGAGCAGUAAGGACAAAGAGCAGAGGGAGAAGAGUAAAGAAAGGGAGCUGCUCGACAAGGCAGACAAGCAGCGGGAGAAAAAAGAGAAGGAGGAACAGAAAGAACAGAAGAAGAAUGCGAAGAAGGAGAAGAAGGAGAAAGAGAGCAAGAAAGACAAAGAGAGAGGGAGGGCUGGUGUGACAGACGACAAGACGGAGACACAAAAGGAGAGCGAGGGCAUCGGCGAGACAGAGGCCACCGCGAUGGAGUGUGACUAUGGCAGCAUGGCAGUGUCCAGGCUCCCGUCCACUGCCCCCGUGGCGGUGCCAAUGCCGGUGCCUCACGGGCACUGUCUGCCUCGCAUGCUCCAGAGCUCAAUGGUCACCACGGCACGGGCGCUUCGCACCGCUGUCAUUACAGCCACGGCUGCCGCCAAGCGUGACAGAAGCCGCAGCUCUACCCCUGCCCCUUCCCCCAACCCAAACAAAGGCCUGGCAUCCCGCAUGCCCACACCUGUGCCUGCCCAAGACGUUGCAUCGCAGAUCACAAGGAUGUGAAAGCUGUGCCAGUAUCACUGUGCGUGCAUCACACUCACACUGCCUUUAAUCUCGUUAUCAGACUGAGAGCAGCAUGGCAGAUGUGUCAUGCGGAGAAUGCACUGUUUACAUUGAAAAAAGUCAGGGACAUUGUGUAUGUUAGCGCAUCAAAUGAUGACAUAGUGUUGCAUUGAGAGGACACAAGGACUGCAAGAGGGAUUCAGAUUUUGAAAAGGAUUUACGUGAAAAUCAGGGACACUGAAUGUGAAGACAUCAAAAGAGGGUAUUAUGUCAGAAUGUUACAUUGACGGGAGGAGUCAGAGACUUCGGACUCCAAGAGAUUCAGGCUGGUGACCUAGAAAGAAAGAAAGAAAGAAAGAUAGCCAGCCUAUUCUUACUUUUUAUUUUAGGGCAUGAAGAUCACUGAUCAAUACUACCUCCUUAUGAUCAAGAUUGAUUGGCAUGGCCUACUGUAAUUGUAUGCUCUGUGUGGUGUUUGUAAACAUAGGCCUAUCGUAAUUUUUUUAUCCUUAAUUUAUAUCAUGAUCAUGAUGCAUACACUUGCCAGUUUCCAUCAAGUCAUGCUAAUUGCAAUGUUCCUUAAAUCAACAAGGAAUUCGAAAGCAUUUCAAUAAUUUUAACAAUAUAUAUUUGGAAUA